AUGCUACAUGUAAACCGCCGCUAUGGAGUCCAAUAUAGGAACACCGGACGAGACGUCAAAGCAUCCUCCACGGCCUCCGUCUUCGUUUUUAUCACUACCGGAGGAUAUUGUUUUGAGCAGCUUGGCUCGUAUCGAUAUCGUACUACCCAAAGCUCUCUCUUGUCUCCAAGAGCUUCCGCUCGUUGGUCCUCUCAGACUUACUCUAUGAGGUACGAAGCGAACUUCAAACUCAAGAAGAAUGUGUUUAUCUCGGCCUACAACCGCCCAACAAACGUUGUCCCAUCUGUUCCAUCUUCCUAUACUCCUUUCCCACCAAAUUUAAUAUGCGCAGAGGUUGGCUCAGAAAUUUACACGGUCGGCAGCCAUAUAUAUCAUGCGAUGUGGGUCCAUAAUGAGCUGACUGGCAACGGUCGUAAAGCCCCUAGCAUGAUGAUGAAUCAACGAAUUGGGCUGAGGUUUUCGACCCAAAGACUCAAACUUGGGAACCUUUACCGGACCCUGGCCCCUGAGGUCCGGCUCUCUUUAAAUAAAAAGAUCUUACCGAUGGAUGGAAAUAUUUGUGUGACGAUCAAGAAGAAGAAUGUGGAGAGCAAGAAGAAGAAGAAGAAUGUAGAGAGCAAGAACAAGAAGAAGGACUUCGUUUACCUUUUAAAAGAAAAAAAAUGGGAAGUUGUCAAGGAUCACUCAAGCUUGGUGGAGAAAUAUUGUGUCAUAGAGAAUGUAGAAUACACUUAUGCGGAUAAAAGAUGUUGGUGGAUGGAAACAACGUCGUCAGAAGAGUCGUCAGAAGAGUGGAGAUUGGUCAACGGUUUGACUGGACUUGAUGCGUACGUUAUAAAUGAUACUGAAUUUUGUACUUAUGGUGGAAAGCUUCUACUCUUUUGGGACAGUCCUGCCUUGUCUCCUCUUGAUCAAACCAAGAAAAUUUGGUGUGCUGUGAUUUUGCUUGACAAGAGUCUCAAUGAUGAAGUUUCGGGUCAGAUUGAGUGGGCUGAUGUUGUUCUUACAGUCCCUGUGUCCUAUACACUCUGGGAUUGUGUGAAAUUCUCGACAUACUCAACAAUAUGCUUUCCAGUUUUGUUUUUCAAUACACAAACACACACCUAG